AUGCCUUCUUUGGGAGGGAAGGUGCAGACUGUCUUGGGCCCUGUGGAUCCAGACCACCUUGGCUAUACGUUGACUCAUGAACACUUGACUAUGAACUACAGCAGCUGUUUUUGUCCACCAUCUUCAGGUGAAGAGCCUCUGUCUGAUGGGCCAAUUGAGAUGAAGAACUUGUUUUGGAUUAAGCAGAAUCCCUACAGCCAUAAAGAAAACCUUCUUUUGUAUCAAGAAACAGAUGCUGUGAAGGAGGAGCUGUUGCAUUUUAAAGCAGCAGGUGGUGGGACGAUCGUGGAAAACACAACCACAGGAAUUGAUCGGGAUGUGAAUACUUUGAAGAAACUUGCUGAGGAAACUGGAGUCCAUAUUAUUGCUGGGGCUGGGUUUUACGUGGGUUCCACUCAUUCUUCUCAAACACAGGCCAUGACAGUGGAGCAG